AUGCUGGCUUCCAAACCGCAGUACUCGACCCCGCUGGGUGGCUCGGCCUCCCACACCUCCGCGACGGCCUAUCAUGCGAACUCACGUCCUGCGACGGCCACAAAAGUGCCAGAUGGGGUUGGAUACAGUAGCCCAACCAAGUCGGAAUUUUGCGAGGGGCUGGAUGAGGUGUCGGCAGUUCGGGCUUGGGAUGAGAAGAAGGUCGCCGCGUGGCUACAUAGCAUCAAGUGCGGCCAAUAUGAGUCAAUCUUCAGAGCCAAUAACUUCAAUGGGGACAACCUGAUCGAAUGUGACCAGAAGAUCUUGCAGGAGAUGGGCAUCAAGAAAGUGGGCGAUCGAGUGCGCAUCUUCGUUGCCAUCAAGCAGCUCCGAAACAAAGCCAUGAUCAACCCUAGGCAAAAGAACAUGAAUACCCUCGCUGCGCUAGAAGCGGCGGCAUUGUCUGUGGACCACUCCCGCUUCUCGUCAAUGCGCCUCCCAAACCGGCGUAUGUCCCAGCUGAUGGAUGAUGGCUUUGGAUACGCGGGCAAAUCACCCUCCCAGCCGGUAUCGCCUCCGGCCGGUGACUGGCGCAAGGAUGGCUAUCUCAACCAUCCACCCUCUGGUGGCUCAGGAUCGGGCCGCAUCCCAAGUACCCCAAGUGAUGGUGGCCGAGGAAGCUCUCAUCCACGAAAUCCCAGCCUGGACGGCCUUACAAUGGGCCCUCUCCCCCCUAAUUCUCCGGUGAUUCGCGUCAUCUACACGGGUGGCCAGACCAAGGUCCUCGAUAUUCGGCACUGCAAGACCCCGGACGAGGUGAUCCUCUGCGUUCUCAAGAAAUUGCAACUCCCAGAACAUCAGUAUCGAAACUACUGCUUCUAUGUCCUGGAUGGCCUGGAUCCGGAUCUGUCGAACUGCAGGCGGUUGACCGAGACCGAGCUUACGGAGAUUUGUGACGGCCACAACAAGUCCGAGCGGGGCCGCAUGAUCUUGCGGAAGAUUCAUGCGGGCGAGCCAGAUGUCGAUGAGCUUCGCCGUGCGUCCCAGCUUGCCUUCGAUGAAAGCCAGGCCACGCACCAGAUUGCUCUCAACAAAUCCAAUUCUCGCCAGAAGCACAAGAUCCAGCAGCUCACGGGGGAGUCUUGGAAUGUCAUUAAUACCAAACAGCCACUGUCACCAGUCGGCCCCCGGCAUCGUCCAUCGGCUUCUUCCAAUGAUCCAGACCAGCCGUCCCCCGGCGACCGCAAUCCUGUGGCUACCAAACUUCGGUCAUUCUUCGGACAGAGACCCCCGAGCGAGAUGAUUAUUCACGAGCUCCAAUCAUUCUUCCCAAGUCACGAUAGGGAAGAUAUUGCGAAGACGAUGCGGAGAUCUCAACGUCUCAGUCGUGCCGCCAGUCGUCUCAGUGUUGUCAGCAACUACAGCGUUGCAUCAAGUCUGAAAGAUGCUCCUCCUCUUCCCCCAUUGCCUCCCAUUCCGCCGAUGCCCAACAUUGCCGACACCUGGUUCCAACACCAGGGUGGAGCACAGGCUGCUCGUGCGUCGCGGCCGCUCUCCGUCUCUAAAUUCAACUUGCCACAGGCUUCAUAUCGGGACUCAAUUGCAUCGAGCUCUCUUCAGCCAUUGCAGGAAGAGUCUCCGAUCGAGCCGAACCGCAAGUCUUAUGUUUCCUUUGACAGUGGCUCUGAUGAGCCCAAUCUGUCACGCCAGAGCAUGAUCGAUGAGAGUGCCAGCGUCAUUGCUACCGACGGGGGCUCCUCUAAUGACCGACUAAGUGUGCUCGUCGUCGAGGACGGCGACGAAGACGAUGCCAACCUGAUGAGCGACUUCCUCGCCGGCAACAACUUCGCUCCGAAGAACUGGAUGAAGGGAUCCCUGAUUGGUGAAGGUUCCUUUGGCAGCGUCUUCCUGGCUCUCCACGCCAUUACUGGUGAACUUAUGGCCGUGAAGCAGGUCGAGAUUCCCUCCGCCACGAAAGGCACGGAAUUUGACCAGCGCAAGAACAACAUGGUCACUGCCCUGAAGCACGAGAUUGAGCUCCUGCAGGGUAUGCACCACCCCAACAUCGUGCAGUACCUUGGCACCUCGACCGAUGAUCAGUACCUGAACAUUUUCCUGGAGUACGUACCCGGCGGCUCCAUCGCCACCAUGCUAAAGCAGUACAACACCUUCCAAGAACCACUGGUCAAGAAUUUUGUCCGGCAGAUUCUGGCGGGUCUUUCGUACCUGCACAGCCAGGACAUCAUCCACCGCGAUAUCAAGGGCGCCAACAUCCUCGUCGACAACAAGGGCGGUGUCAAAAUCUCUGACUUCGGUAUCUCCAAGCGCGUCGAAGCAUCCACCGUCCUCGGCUCCCGUGCCAGCAGUGGUGGGGGCGGCCACCUGCAUCGUCCCUCACUCCAAGGCAGUGUAUACUGGAUGGCGCCCGAAGUCGUGCGGCAGACGGCGCACACGAAGAAGGCCGAUAUCUGGAGUCUGGGCUGUCUGGUCGUGGAGAUGUUCAUCGGCGCUCACCCUUUCCCGGACUGCAGCCAGCUGCAGGCUAUUUUUGCUAUUGGUAGUAACCAGGCUCGUCCGCCUGCGCCGGAACAUGUCAGCCAGGAAGCAGUCGAGUUCCUUGAUAUGACCUUCCAGCUUGACUAUGAAAAGCGGCCUACUGCAGAUGAGCUGCUAAAGUGCAAGUUCCUGGCUAUGCCUAUUACGUGA